AUGCAGGACAACAUGAAAAACGAGAUGGUCGAAGAAAUUAAAUCAGGAGAUGAAGAUAUCUCGUUCGCAGACACAUUUUUAAAUAAGGCUAAAGAUGUUUUCCAACGCGAGGGGGUCAACGCAGAAUCUUUACGCGUUGAGCAAUAUUUUGAGAUGUCUGCGCUUGGCUAUGACACGGCCACUGAGUGGGUGAAAGCGUACAAGGAUGAGUUUAACGCCCUAGUCCUUGACUACAACAUCCGAUCUUCCCCUUGGAUGACCCCUUUGAUGAGUAUUCUGCGGUUGUUGAACGAAAUCAAACAGCACAACGAGGUGGUCGCAUUAAACCUGCUUGACUGGCUGACAGCACAAGCUGGCACGGAAGGCAUCAAAGGUCUGACCAGCUGGGCCACCAAUGACCAUUUCAAUAUGUUUGCCAACCAUGCGUUGGAGGUAAUGAAGCUAUCCAGCACAGAAGAUGGCUAA